UUUCAAGGCAGGGAGGUCAAGGACGCACAGACUGUCGACUGGUCGCCUCGCAGCUCAGCGGUGACUUUCUGAGGUCUGGAAAUGAAGGCAGUCUGUGCGGUGCUGGCGUGCCUUUUGUCCGCCGCCGUGGCGGACCGAUCUGCUUUCGUCCCUGCACUCAAUGUCAGAAGGUAGGUAACGCAUGAAUCAGAGGCGGUAUCCAUCUGUGUGUCCAGUCAAUAAUCACAUUCGUGAUGGCAUGGUUUGUCACGGGUGCUGCAGGUCGACGAGUGUCCCACGGCCCUCUGAGCAGCUCAGAAUGUCCGCCAGCGACAGCGAGGGGUCCAAUGCGCUCCUCGAGAGAGCCGGCAAGGUGCUGGGACCCGCCCUUGCUGCAGGAGCGCUCGGUGGCCUGAUGGCCACGCAGCCAGCCGAGGCAGCUCCUGAGCGCCUUGUGCCAUGCGCCGAGAGCAAGAAAUUCGCCGCCAAGAUGAAGGCGCAGGCAAGCAGACCACCACACUCGGCAUUUGGUUGUGGCGUUGUUCACUGCAAUGUGUGUCAUCGUGAUUCAGGAGAAGGGUCUUGAGGCUCGUCUGAAGAAGUACACGCCCGAGUCGCAGGGCGCGGCGCUGCUCAACGGCAGGCUGGAGGAGACCAAGACGCGCGCAGAGCGGUACAAGGCAUCAAACCUCCUCUGCGGAAAGGUGGGUGGCUGUUGAUUGACAAUAAUGAAUGUGCUGUGUGUGGUUUUCAAUCACUCGUCGGCUUCUAUGUGUAUCACGACGUGUGUGGUUCAUUCAGGACGGUCUGCCCCAUUUGAUUGUGGACGUGAGGGGUCAGCAUGCGGGUGAGUUCGCCGCCCCGGGUCUGCUCUUCCUUUACAUUGCCGGCUGGAUCGGCUGGGCGGGCCGCUCAUACCUCAACGGUGUGCAGCUCGCCAGCAGCAACCCUGAGAGCAAGGAAAUCGUCCUCGACCUGCCUUUCGCUCUCCAGGUGCGAUGCAUUACCAACACAAACAGCAUCACACGCGAAAGCGCCUAUGUGUCUGUGUGACUGCACUGUGUAUGGUGUGGUGUGCAGGUGAUGACUCGUUCGGCCACAUGGCCAUUCCAGGCUUUCGACGAGGCGUUCGGCAAGGGCGAGACGCCCGUGCCUUCGACGAACUUCGACAACGCGCCCAACUACAUCAGGUUCCUCGGUGUGUCGUCAGUGGCACUGACCAUCUGGAUGUCCCUCACCGCCGCCAUGCUCAUCCUCCUCAACAAGGCCUACCCAGGACUGCUCUUCUUCCCUGACCGUAAGUGACCAUCGACCCAUGCAUCCAUCAGUGAUUCGAUUGAUGUGUGCACACCCAAUGACGGUUUUGCUGUCGCCUUGUGUGUCUCUGGUGUGUGCAGUGAGCACCGACCUCUUCUCCCCUUUCUCUGGGAAGUAAUCAAGCAAGCCGGCACUACUGGGUGGGUGGGGCAGGCAGCAUCUGAGGCGGCGCCGUUAGAGUGUGUGCUGACUCUCGAUCUGGCAGCCAGUGCACUCCCUGACGGCUACGCAGCUGAGGCUGUCUUUCUCGCCCGUCCUUGGCCACAAGUGUUGCUUGCCGUCUUAGCGCCGUGUCAUUUGACGUGUAGAGAGGAGGACAAGACGCGGCCUGGGGCGUGAUCGAUGUCAUGUGAUGUGACGUUGGAUGGAUGAGUGAGUAGUUUGGGCUUUCUUGGUUGGUGUGGUGCAUGCAUGCUUGGAUGCAUCGGCUGACCGACAGACAGACACCCAUGUGCAAUACCAUCUCUGUCGAAUUUUUGUCUGUGGUGUCUGUGGCUGGCCUUACAGCCAAACGGUCGGUCACCGCAGGAAUGCAGCCACUCAUCGACAGUACACACGGACGCAUUGGGCUUCCGUUUGUGGGCUUUGAGCCUAUUCUGCAAGCGGUGCUCAAUGCUCCUUCUGACGGAAGACUCGAAUCACUACUCAGCACCGAAGGUGGUCCAAAC